CUCCCCCCGCGGGGUGGGGGUGGGGCUGCUUCGCGCCCACACCUGAGCCCAGGUGAACGGUGCUGGGCGGACUUAGCCCUCUUAGCCCCGCCCCUCUCCCCGCGGGGUGCCUGCCAGGCUGUGCGUGCUGCGUUGCAAGGCGCGUGCAGUAGCAGCAGCAGCAGCGGGCAACACGCGAGAGGCCAGACAUGGCCGAGAAGAUGGACAAGGCAGACCGUUCGCUCACCGAGAGACUCAUGGGCCGUCUGCACCCUCCACGGCUGAGCCGCAACCUCUCCCUGCGCCGGGAGAACACGGCGGCGGCGGCGUCACGCGGUGGGGCGGCUGGCGGGGCGCACACCAUCGCACGCAUCCCCCUCGCAGGCGGCGACCACAGGCGGCCGCACACCGCGUGCGAGCUCGAGCGGCCGGAGGAGCGAGAGGAGCAGCGGGCGGCGGCGGGCGCUGCCACCGGGAGGGCGGUGAGCGCCUGCGACAUGGCGGUGGCGGGCACCCCGCUCGCGGAAGAGGGGGCCACCGGGACGCCCGGCGAGGCCGGGCGGCGGCCACUCCCGCCGUCGCCUCCCGAGAACAAGCUGUACUCCCGCCUGUCCCUGCUGCAGACCGAGGCGCGCCUAUCCCUGCGGUACUUGACGAUGGCGGUGGAGAGGGCCGCUCGGGAACAGGUGUGCGGGGCGGCAGGCAGGGUGCUGGAGUCCGUGAGCAACAUGCUCGUCUGCGAGGGGAUGCCCAGCAACAGUGUGCAGGAGGCCGCGGUGUGUUCUGCGCUCGCCCGUCUCCUGCACUGGGCCGACCAGCACGCCCUGACGAGCCGAGCCUUCCCGAGCGUCGACACGGCCUUGCAGCAGCUCGCCACCGAUCUCAACGCCGCCACGCAGGAGCUCAUCGAUUGGCUGGCCACUGAGCCAGGGCGGCAGAUUGGUCGAUCCAACGAUGACAUCACAGCCCCGCCCAAGCCGCCCCGUCCUCCUGGCCUCACCUUCCUCAACACCUACAGCCCCCCGAUGCUCCCGGCAAAGUCCUGGCGCACGCCCGGAGGAUCGGUGAGGAACGGCGAGAACAGGGAAACCUUCCUUGGAGACGUGACUUCCUUGCCGACUCCGUGUGAGCUGAUGGCCUUGGACCACCAAUCAAUCUCCGCCGUCAACUCUGGGCACGGGACAGGAAGUGAUGUCAUCGGCGAAGCAUCCCCGCCACCGCUGCCAGAAAAAAAAGCCCACGUGCAGACCUACAUACAGAUGUGUCGGGAUUACAAGACUCCCGAUGCCACGUCGUUCAUCGCCAUGAGACCCAUCAACUACCGCCUCAUGCCCGACAUCCAGGACAUCCAAGCGACCGUCGGCGACCCGCCGAACCCGCGAACCGCGAGCGCCCAGGCGGCCCCGCCGCCGGUCCACGAGAGGGCCCCCCUCCGCGUCGUCGGCGGCGCUCCCCAGCCGCCGUCCCCCGGCGAACGAAACGAUUCCCCCUCUGGCUCGCACGCCGACGGUCGGCCGGGUCCCUCGACUGCGAGCGGCGAGGCCACAUCGGACGCCGGGGCCGGGCCCGUCUCGCCGAGCGGUGGCCGAGAAUGCGGCCCCGGCGGUGGCGAUCGCUCGCCCGGCGACCUGCCGGCGGUCGUCGACGAGACGCCCGUGGCGCCUGCGGGCGAAGACGGCGACGACGGUCGCUCGUCCGGCAGCGGGCGGGCCGCUGGGACGGGCGACGGGCAAGGGGAGGCUGUCGAGGAGGCCCCUGGGGUGGACGCGGCCCGGAGCGCGACGAGCAAGAGUCCCGCGGGAGAAGGCGUGCCCACGACGGGCGGAGCGAGCCCGCCCGUCGCCACGCCCUGCUCGGAACAAGAAGAACUCUUCCUCGUUGACUACCAAGAGAUCAUCAGGAGGCUGGUGCUGAAGAGUCAGGUUGAUAGUGGACCCGACCUCAAGGGGGGUUCCCAAGACAUCCUCAUCGUCCACGCGACCAUGGCCGAUAAAAAACAGUACCUCGUGUUCUGCGAGGCGUUCAUCGUCACCUACAGGACGUUCAUUUCCUCCGAGGGGCUCCUCCGAAAGCUCAUCAUGAGAUACCGGCACCUGAGCAGGACGGAGGACGCGGCGCACACGCGGGCACGCAGGAACACGCUCUCGCUGCUGCUCAGGGUCGCCGACGACCUGUGCGUCUCGGAGCUCACGGACGAGGUGGUGUGCUCGCUGGCCGGCGUGGUGUGCGCGUGCGUGACCGGCGGGGACCUGCCGCUGGCUCGGCCUCUGCGGGACACGCUUGUGACGCGCGUGACGGCGCGGCGCGCCCACGCGCAGGCGACGAGCGGGACGCCCCUCGCCAGCCUCGCCGUGUCGGCCCGACCGGCCUCGGUCCACGACUUCCACAGCCUCGAGUUGGCGGAGCAGCUCACUCUGUUGGACUCUGAGCUGUUACAAAAAAUCGAGAUUCCGGAGGUGCUGCUCUGGGCCAAAGACCAGAACGACGAGAAGAGUCCAAAUCUGACUCGGUUUACGGAGCACUUUAACGCAGUGUCCUACUGGGCUCAGACCGUGCUGAUCCAGGCCGACAAGCAGUCGGAGAGGGAGCGGCUCGCCCACAAGUUCCUCAAGAUUAUGAAGCACCUGCGACGCCUCAACAACUACAACUCGUACCUGGCGUUGUUGUCUGCACUGGAAGCCUCGGCCAUCGCCCGCCUGACGUGGCCAAAGAGUGUCACUGAGACGAUGGCAGAGUUCCGCCAGCUGAUUGACAGCUCGGGCUCGUUUUCCAAUUACCGCUCGGCCCUGGAGAAGGCCCAACCCCCGUGCCUCCCCUACCUCGGGCUGAUCCUGCAGGAUCUGACGUUCGUGCACAUGGGGAACCCAGAUCUCAUCGCCGGCCGAGUGAACUUCUCCAAGCGCUGGCAGCAGUUCAACAUCCUGCAGAGCCUGCGUACCUUCCUGCACUGCCGCUACGAGUUCCAGCGCGUGGACGCCGUGCUCUCGUGUUUUGACGGCUUCACGGCGCGCCUGGGCGAGGAGUCUCUCUACGAGCUCUCCCUCGCCAUCAAACCGCGCGCACGGCGGCGCCACUGCGACCAGCUCACCGCCUAGCAGCGCCCGCGCCGUUUCCGUGGCAACCGCUGCCCAGGCCGUUUCCAUGGUAACCGCUGCCCAGGCCGUUUCCGCGGCACCUGCUUUCCAGGCCGUUUCCGCAGCAACCGCUUCCCAGGCAGUCUCCGCGUUUGCCACCGCGACGACCGCAUGAGCGUCCCUCUCCCCCUCCCCCCCUCUCGGACCGUCACGUCGGCGUUAUGCGCGAGUCGUGUUGCUGGCCUGUAUUUGGCGUGCCGGUGCGCAAGGGGGCACGAGGUGGUGCCAAUGGCCCCACUGGCCGUGGAGUCGGCCACAGUGCGCGCGAGGCCCCAACGACGGAGCCGCGAGUCGAGCCUCAGGCCGGGGCUCGGCCAAGGCCAGAGAGUCGGGGAGUUCGUGAACGAGGACUUAGGGCGCAAGAUGUGAAAAAGAGUGUUUCUCAAUCUUUGUUUUUUUACGUACGUUUUACUUUUUUUUUCCUUGUGUCACGUGUAUAGUUACAAGUGUAUUGUAUCCCAGUGUAUGGGCCCUCAAUAAAGGACACUCGCUGGUGUGCGAGGUCCGUGACGUUCACUCCUUUAAGCUCGAUGCUCUCCGCGUCACUUGCUUGUUGCGUUAAGCUGAUCAUCCUUUGCCCAACCGUGCUCAUCGGAGGUGCGGGCUAUGUACGGUGCCAAAGAAGUCCAGCAUACAUACCUGUGCAUAAUUCUAUAUUUGAAGCUUUCGUGACUGCAAGGAUUCACUGGUUUUUUUUGGUAAAGUCAUUUAUUUUAUUUUACCUACGUGACUUUACCUGUACAUACUUGCACUUCAGAGCACAAAUCAAAAUAACCCCGACUGCCCGGGCCCCUUGUUCGUCACAAACCACGCUCCUCCCCCAGCAAAGCAGAUUACCUCUUACCCUCACUCUGCAGGGCGCAUUGCCCAGAAUAUUUGCCUGUUGGGUAUAGCUAUUAUAUCUCGUUUCUGCCGUAAUGCGUUGGGCAACAGGGUGGACAGUAGAGGACAGUGUUGCAAAAUCAAUUGUAAUGUACUUCUAUGCUCCCCGAGAUUAUCCUGUGUACCUUCAACCCACAUCGAGCAGGGUGGUAAAGUAUGGACAAAUAACCCCCACGAGCUACAUAUGGGGUAGGAAAGCCCUCAUCCAGCAGUGGAUAGGGCUGCACAUGCAUCGUGAGACAACUCACUGUGGCUGCUGGCCUCUGCCAUAGGAAUGUGGAAUUUCCACCAAUUACCCCCCCAAAAAGUGUAUUUGCAGUAUUGUCAACAGGGCGAUUUAGCAGCCGACAUCUUUGGAAAUGUUCCCAUGUGUUUAUUCCAACAUUGAUGCCCAUUACAAACGGUAUCAACGGGGUGAUUGAACAUGAAAAACCAAGUCGUUUAAAAUCAAGAGACUACACAGUCCGCAUUGUACAAGGCCUCGGGCAGCAAUUUGGCAUUGCAUUCCUUUUGUUCGAAGAAAUGACAGUUGGCAAGGAAGGCACUCCGUAGUAUCGCUCAGCCAGGUGUGCGUAGAGCGACCUGCUACCUGGCCAUCGCGCCAAGCAGGUGACAAUUGCCCACACCUGGUGCCCAGCCUUCAAGGCACUAACCAAGGUAUGGAAGCACUUGUUGAGGUUCUACACACACACGCACGUGAAUCGGUGGACAGAAAUGUUUUGUUCAUAACCUGAUGAAAUGAAAUAUAACCUGCUGGUCCGAGUGAAGAAAUCACGAUAGUUGUCCCCGAAAGCCAGAGGAUGUGUCGCAUAUUUAACAUUUUUACUCGGAUAUGUAUGACGAGUACACUACUGUAAAAACAAUCUAAAAAAAUACAUUCCAGCAA